UCAUUUAUUUCUACAUUUACGCGACAUACAUUUAUUUAUUUAUGUAUUUAUGUGUCCGUAUGCUAAUGAGGUGGGCGGUCCUAACCUCAGUCUGAAGCAGGAUUCGCCAAUUGUUGGAGCCAGGCAGAAGCAAUAGAUUCGUGGCAAGUCACAUCUGUACAUUCUGUGUACAUUGUCGGCAACUCGCUAAUAAUGGCUUCGGCUGGAAGGGCGCUGGCAGACCUUCUGCGGGAUGCGGCUAACCAGCUUGAAAACUGUAAGUGACUCAUGUUUUGGUCUAGUGUAAGACUGAUAUGACAAUGUAAAAAAACUGAUCUGUGUGUUAAAAUGCCAAUGUACAGUUUUGUACCCAAUGUGGCGCUAUGUUAUGUUUUGUGCAGCACCAAGGACCGCUAACGCGCCAGUUUCGUCUCCUCCUCCUCAUCCGUUACAUAACGGGACUCCCAGACACCCAGUGGACGCCGAAGUUUCAAGACUGUUUGGCCCCUACAUGGGAGGGAGGAGGACGGCAGGGCGGCAAACCCUUUCUGGUCCUGCACACCUGCAUUCUUAUACCCAUUUAUUCUGUUGCCUUGAGGACAAGAAUGCAGCCUUAGUCCCCAACCGAUACGCCAAAGAAAGACUCGCUGCUGCUGGCUUAGGGGAAAAACGGCUCACAUUUAAAGGCAGCCAUACAGAUUCAAAUGAAUUCCUCUAAUUCUUGAUGGAUGCCUAUCCAAAACUGCGGAACGGUGGCGGUUUCGAGUUGCUAAAAAUAUCUGGCACUACGAGAAGUCGCCACUUGAUUGUGAUCCCCUGUCCCAAUGAGGGUUACUAUGUCAGAUAUUUGAAGGACCCUCAGACCCAGAUUGGCCAUUCUACGGUUUUCAUUAGACCAAUGCAAAGAACCCUGAAUUUGGACCCUGCAUGUCGAUCAGAAGGCGACAAAGUGUUAAUUGGACCAAAUCAGAAAUGUGUCAUCUGUGGAGAGGAGUUCCCCUUUUCCAGAAUCAAGGAUCACAGCAAUAACUGCACGAGUGUGUGUUUACAUUUUGAAGGAGAUCCAGCCAUUGGUGAUGGUGUGACUCGGCAUUUCUUUGCAACCAUCAUGUCAAAACUUCAGGCUGGUUUUGAGAUGAAGUUUGUGCCUGGAGGAACUCUUCUUUUUGAAGGAGAACAAGAUCAUCUGAUUCCCUCCACUUCUCAUCUCCUUUUGGAGAGUGACUUCUUUGUUGUUGCUGGCCGAAUGAUUGGACAUUCAUUCCUCCAUGAUGGGCCAUGCCUAGGUGGACUGAGCCCAGCUGUCCUGCAUGUGCUCUUUGGUGGAUCCCCGGAAGAAGCCACAAUAGAUAUUAGGGACUGUGUUGACCUUGAUAUCCGUGAGACAAUCAAGUUGCUGGAGGGAACAGCAGAGUUAUCAUCAGAAGAAAAAAAGCUCAUCAAUGAGUUGGCACUGUCCUGGGAUUUGCCUCUAGUCACAUGUGACAACAGGAGAUGGCUAUUUGAUAAACUGAUCCUCCAUGCUGUCCUUGGAAGAACCUCCAGACAAGUCAAGCAGUUACGAAGGGGUUUAAAAGAGACACUGAUCUGGCCUCUGCUGACGGAGAGGAAAGACACGAUUCCCCUUCUCUUUCCAAGAGCAUCUGAUUUGCAGUGCACACCACGGAUGGUGUUGGAGAAGAUAAACUGGCCCACACAGGAUGAGGAUGAAGACAGUGAAGUCUCUUUGGAGGAUUCCUGUAGGCUCACAGGAUUCCUGCGCACAUUUAUUGAGAUGGCAUCUCCCGUUAUCCUUGGGAAACUUGUGCAGUUCUGGACAGUGGUGUAGUGGGCGUUGGACGCGGGGGUACGCCGUACCCCCACUUAUUUGGAAC